AUGGCCACAGCUGCCUCGAAUCCCUACAGCAUUCUCAGUUCCAGCUCCCUCGUCCAUGCGGACUCUGCCGGCAUGCAGCAGGGAAGUCCUUUCCGCAAUCCUCAGAAACUUCUCCAAAGUGACUACUUGCAGGGAGUUCCCAGCAAUGGGCAUCCCCUCGGGCAUCACUGGGUGACCAGUCUCAGCGACGGGGGCCCGUGGUCCUCUACAUUGCCCACCAGCCCCCUGGACCAGCCGGACGUGAAGCCGGGACGCGAAGAUCUGCAACUGGGAGCAAUCAUCCAUCACCGCUCGCCACACGUAGCCCACCACUCGCCCCAUACUAACCAUCCGAAUGCCUGGGGAGCGAGCCCAGCUCCAAACUCGUCCAUCCCGUCUAGCGGUCAACCCCUCAACGUGUACUCGCAGCCGGGAUUCACGGUGAGCGGUAUGCUGGAGCACGGGGGACUCACUCCACCACCAGCUGCUGCCUCCACACAGAGCCUGCAUCCAGUGCUCCGGGAGCCUCCAGACCAUGGUGAGCUGGGUUCGCACCACUGCCAAGACAACUCGGAUGAGGAGACUCCAACCUCUGAUGAGUUGGAACAGUUCGCCAAACAAUUCAAACAAAGAAGAAUCAAGUUGGGCUUCACGCAAGCCGACGUGGGGCUGGCACUGGGCACCCUGUAUGGCAACGUGUUCUCGCAGACCACCAUCUGCAGGUUCGAGGCCUUGCAACUGAGCUUCAAGAAUAUGUGCAAGCUGAAACCCCUGCUCAAUAAGUGGCUGGAGGAGGCCGAUUCAUCCACGGGAAGCCCUACCAGUAUUGACAAGAUCGCCGCUCAGGGCCGCAAGCGCAAGAAGCGAACCUCCAUCGAGGUGAGUGUCAAGGGCGUACUGGAAACGCAUUUCCUCAAGUGUCCCAAGCCUGCAGCGCAGGAGAUCUCCUCCCUGGCAGACAGCCUUCAGUUGGAGAAAGAAGUGGUGCGUGUCUGGUUCUGUAAUAGAAGACAAAAAGAAAAAAGAAUGACUCCGCCUGGGGAUCAGCAGCCACACGAGGUUUAUUCGCACGCAGUGAAAACAGACGCGUCCUGCCAUGAUCUCUGACUGGAGGAAACCAGAAGGUGGUCUGCAGCACUGGGAGCAGUGCGAAUAUCAUUCUCACUCCCUUCCUUCUUUUCAUCACUACA